CAAUUAUAGCUACUAAUGUCAAAUCAAUUUGCGCCGCCCAUCUCCGCCUCGGGAUCAUAGCAACCGGGGACGCCCCGUCACAACCAAGCGCAGCUACCACGAGGGAGGGGGGGAUUCUCGAACUCUCGAACCCGCGCGUCGCCGACGGCUGAUAACGGGGAUCCCUGGCGGCCCGGGGGGCGUCGUGCGUUUGAGUGUGCAUCUGGGAGUGCGGUGCGGUUUGCGGUGCAAAUCUCGCGGUAACACACCCUUCUCCGUUGUUAUCACUAGAAAGUGAGCUCGCGGAUCGGGAAAAUCUCCCUACGCAGGAUGUCAACGUCGCCAUUGCGUCGGGUUUUCGUGUACGGAACGCUGAAACGGGGUGAACCGAACCACCACUGGCUGACGGAUGUGGCCAACGGGAUGGCCAGCUUCGUCGGGCGUGGCACUACGGUCGCCCGGUAUCCCCUCGUGAUCGGUUCGCGUUACAACAUCCCGUUCCUGUUGGAUGUGCCCGACCGGGGACAUCGGGUGCGCGGCGAGAUCUACGACAUCGAUGAUCAUAUGUUGGGGCGCCUGGACGUGCUGGAGGAUUAUCCGCGGCUGUAUGAACGGCGCACGGAAGCGAUUCAGUGCGAAGGAACUGCCGGUGGCACGGGGGAGGUGGUCAGCUGCUGGAUCUAUCUGUUGCAGCGCUUUCCACCGCAUCUGCUAGAGGAGCGGAUGCUGGAGGAGUACCGGGACAGCACCGCCCUGCCGUACACGGAAUCGCACGAUGAUAACGUGUUCGACGAUCAUCAUCCGGCCACCUCCCCCGCCGGGACGGGAGAGGAAAAUCCUCGCCGGUGAUUUCGUGUGAUUGAAAAACGAAUAAAUCCGAUCCGCGAGAGAGAGAGAUUUGCAUCGGA